UGAUGUCUCCUUUAAUCCAGUAUCAACAACCAAGACAGCGUGGUGGCUGUUCUUUGAUGAAGUAUUGAUCAAGGCCCAAUUACGCGUGUAGGCUGACUCGUGCAAUGAGCCUGCAGAGUCCAAGGCUUCAACAGCCAUGUCUGCUGCAGCCUGAGACCAACCCCCCUCGACGAUAACAUCCCAUCUAACAGUCAAAGGUACUGAACGGUCGUCAACAGCUGAGCAUACCAAUGCCAGACUGACUACUCAUGGUAAGCAAAAGGCAGUUAUUGACAUGACUACAGGAAGACUUUUCUACUGAUUUCAGCAUUGGUUGUACCACUCUUCACGAGUCAUCAUGACCCGUUGAGACUCUGUGGUCACGGCCCACGCCCACACACGGGGCAGGCUGCAGUGGUUGCGCCCCUCCUUCGUUGGUUGACGCCAAGAAACUCACGGGCCACUACAACCCAAAUAGGACUAGCUCGCCGUCACUCUGUUAUUCCUACUUUUACACGAACCACCGACCACCCGACCAUCUGCGCAUUUUGCGCUUCUCUUCCCUGCCACCCACCUUGGUCAAUCUUGGAUCCAUAACCAUCACUACCCGACGCGUUGGUACUCGAUCAUUCUCAUCACUUUCAUCCAAUUCUUUCCCACCACAACAUCGUCGCGCCGUCCAUUCAUCCUUCUUGAAUCCAUCAAAUCGUCAUCCUUGUCAUACGCCAUGGCUGGAGGUAAAGGCAAAAGCAUUGGUGGCAAAGCCACAGGCGCGAAGGACUCGUCCGUCAAGUCUCAGAAAUCUCACAGCGCAAAAGCUGGUCUACAGUUCCCCUGCGGUCGAGUCAAGCGUUUCCUCAAGAACAACACCCAGAACAAGAUGCGUGUGGGCGCAAAAGCUGCCGUUUACGUGACCGCCGUGCUGGAGUAUCUCACCGCCGAAGUGCUCGAACUCGCUGGCAACGCAGCCAAGGAUCUCAAGGUCAAGCGCAUCACUCCUCGACAUCUACAAUUGGCCAUCCGUGGCGACGAAGAGUUGGACACUCUGAUCCGUGCCACCAUUGCCUUCGGUGGUGUGCUACCUCACAUCAACCGAGCCUUAUUGCUUAAGGUUGAACAGAAGAAGAAGAGCAAGGUUGAGAGCUGAACAUGCUAAAACAAAAAUAUGGUUGCCUUUUGAGAAAGACCAGUGCUACCCAACGCAAACCAUCAGGUCCUAAUCUGAAGCGGUGGGGGGAUUCGUUUCAAUCAUUUGUUCCUUCUUUCCCCUUCCCGCCCUUUUUGUUUUGCCUGGUGAACGGUCCUUUGGAAAUCCUGGCGUCAAAUUCGGAGGGCAUCAAUUCCUGUGUAUGCGUGUAGGUGUGUGGUAGAUAUCAAGGGUGGUUGGUGGCGUUUGAUCCGGGCAGGGCAAAUUGGGUUGGAUGAAUGCGAGGGGGGUUCGGGGGUUAAUUUCCAAGCUAUCGAAUCGAAUCGAAUCAAGAACAAAGACGAAUGUACGAUGGAUUGAUGGGUUGGAAUGGUAUGGAUGGGCAGAUCAAUUACUUUUUUGCUAUUGGACAAUCCGAACAGUCAAAUCAAACCCCCCAUGCAUGGAUUUUUCCACGCGCGUGCGUCUCGUGUCGUGCGUACUUGAUGUUGUAUGUUGUAUGCCCCAUCUUGUUCCAGUAUAACCAUCAGUCAACACUAUCUACCUAUCUGCAUUGCGGUGGAUGUCUG